AUGGCACGUCUUGGAGUGAAGCGACGAGCUUUCGAGCCAUAUGGAACGGCUUGCGUGCGCAAGUGCAAAGACUAUGUGGCCGGCCGCUUAGCAGGCACCGCCGAUGCCCAAAGUGGGCCAGUGCCCAUCCCUGCCGCGGUGUUGCUGCAGGUCGUUGGAGUCGGUGCAGUCAUGGCGAUGGCGUUGCUGCAGAUGGGAUACAUGGCCUGGGUCCAGUACAACGCCCUCCGCAUGCUGGCUGUGGCCAUGCUGAGGCCGAUCGAGCCCCUCUUCAAACUGGCAGGUUCGCCCUUGCCGGCUGAUGUCUUGGACUUCGCGAUGCCUAGGAUCAUUGCUACCUUCUAUAUGGCAUGGGUGUGUUGUGGGGUGUACCUGGUUUGGCUGCUGCGCUCAGUCCUUCAUGGCUAUCGCAGGAUGUUCCGCGAAUUCUCGCUGGGCCGCCGCUACCACGGCCAGGACCUCGUUCGGGCAGUUGGGCCAAGCGUCUUCCACGCGCAGUGGGCCACCUACACCUGCGGUGCACUGAUUGGCAAUGCCGCGAUGGCGCUGGUGCUCUUCAUGUUUGUCCUUUGGCUCCUCUUCCUUGUGUUGAGCUUGCCCCAAUUCUGGGAAGCUCAGUGGGCCCUUCGAAAUUGGUGGAUCCUUUACGGGCUGCUCUACGUCACACGCUGGAGCAUCUUCCGGUGGGUCAUACCGCAGCGUGUUGUGACCGCAGAUGGCUCCGUACUGCGUCGCCGUGUCUGGGAUCUCGUCUUCCCAACGCUCACGCUCCUGAACUUCGUACUCGGAGCGACCAGUGGUAUUAUCCGGAGUCUGGUCAUUGCGCCCUACCUUCUCAUCCACUUCUUCAGGAUAGACAUCACCUACCUUCCAAGCGACCUUUGUGAUUGGGAUUGGUCUUUCCAACCCUUCGUGUCGUUGGUGAUGCACUCUCAAAGGCGGCUCAACCCCAUCCUCCUCGCCACCGUUGCGGAGCUUGCCAAGAAGCCCUCUCAGGAGCCGCCAGCUGCACCAGCCCAGCUGAACGCAACAGUCGAGGAGGAGCAGGAGAUGGGCUACAUGGAGACGGCUGUCCAAGGUGGCCACCCGUUGCGAGAAGGUUUGCCAAUGCCCACGCAGUGCCCGCCAACCCGGGCGCGCACAGCGCCCGGCCCGCAGAGCCUUCGCGCACGGCAGCGCUGGCAAUUGGCUUUGAUCCUGGCAAGGAAUCCGUCUCUUCGUCGGCUCCGAAAGGGCACUGGCCGGGCCGACAGUGCUCCAGGCUGCCUGCAACGGCCAGACCAAGAGGAACCGCCAGAGCCACGGCAGCCACUGAUGCCUUUGCAGCUCCCUGGUCUCCCCCCACGCCGGCUAGAGAGCAGCAACACCUUCUGGAGCCCGCUGAAUUCCUGGACACGCGCGAGGACCGCCAUGCUGAGCGAUAUCGGCGGACCGUCCCCAGGGCGCUUGCCCGUACGAGAAGUUAGUGAGGCUUGA